AUGAGACGAACGAGUCGCAUAUUGCUAGCUUCGCUGGCCCUCCACUCUACAACCUUCGCACAGUCUGACCUGCCCUCAAAACGUGGGCUGGCUUUCCAGGGCGACGACCACUCAGCCGACAGCCAACUGCUCACCUCUGCAAAGUCGUUGAUCAGCUGGUAUUACACAUGGUCAACAUGGCCUGCACAGGCCCUUAACAGCUCCAUCGCAUUCAUCCCGCUCAUCCACGGCGUUGACGAUGCUUCAGAUUCAGGCCUCAGCUCACGUCUCAACGCGCUACCUGAAUCAUCUACCCAUCUCCUUUCAGAUUCAGGCCUCAGCUCACGUCUCAACGCGCUACCUGAAUCAUCUACCCAUCUCCUUACUUUCAAUGAGCCCGACGGAACGACAUCAUCUGGCGGUAGCAGCAUCGACCCAGAAGAUGCCGCAAAAGCCUACAUCGAGCAUAUUGUACCCUUCCGCAAUUCCCGCUCCCGGAAGUGGAACAUCAGCCACCCGGUCGUCACCGGCUCUCCGCAGGGCAUCGAGUGGUUGCAAAAGUUCAACGAGUCAUGCUACGAUAUUGACGACAACGGCUGCCCGACCGACUUCGUCGCCGUGCACUGGUACGGCGACGCGACCGGCCUCAAGAACCACCUUGACGGGCUGCGGGAUUUCUACAACUCCACAUCGCCGGAUCUCAAGUACUGGAUCACGGAGAUGGCCCUCCCUAAACAAAGCACGGAUGCAACACUCGCCAUGAUGAACGAGAGUCUGACGUAUUUGGAUGGGCUGGACUAUGUUGAAGGCUACGCCUGGUUCGGUGCCUUCCGUAAGGACGAGGCCAAUGCCUGGACCGGUAACUCCGUGUCGCUGUUUGACGGCGACGGCGGGCUGACAGACCUCGGUGCGUUGUAUCUCGGCGGAGACGAACAAGGGUUUGAAAAGGGCCAGAAGGGCGAAGGCAACUUUGCCGGCUCGUUGUCUCCCACAAGGGCGCUGCUCUGGACGACUAUCCUUACCGCUGUCGCGACGAUGUGGUAG